CGAUGCUGCCGUUUUACCUGUGCGAAAAAAAAAGCCAGUUUCUUGUCCCCAUGCUAAUAUCUGAAUCGAUACAUUUAUAACAGCAAAACAGUGGAAGGAUUUUUGUCAGUUGUUUGUUGAAUUUCAAACGAAUAGCAUCGAGUGUUGGAAGUUAAAGUGACAAAAGUAAUUGAGAUAAAGGAGUUGGAGCUUCUUUAAAUUUUAGUGGAUUUUAUUUAAAGUUUUAAAAAAAUCCUUAGAAAAAUAACAAAGAAAAGAAAACUUAAAGUGCAAAAAUAAAAGUGUUAAUUAAUAUAAAAUGAAAUUAGAAAUUUUCAUAUUCCUGAUAGGAACAUUGCUGCAUUAUAGUAGCGCACAGCUUGAAGGACAGUAUUUCCCAGAUGAAAGUGGACAGUAUAGACCCGAUAAUUCAGGACAAUAUAUACCAGAUAAUUCAGGACAAUAUUUAGGUCCACCACCACAACCAUACCAAUAUGAUGAUCGAGGUCGAUGGAUUCCAGAUAACCGUGGAAUUUAUAUGCACAUAGAAGGACCAUCAAAUAAUAAAAUUGUCCCACCACUACCUUAUGUUCAUGUAACUGGACCUGAUGGACCAUCUGGAGGAUUUGGAGGAGAAGGAGGAGUAGGUGGAUUUGGACCAAAUGGACCAAAUGGACCUAAUGGACCACCCGGACCUCCUGGACCACCUGGACCUCCUGGACCACCUGGACCUCAAGGACCAACUAGACCAGGACCUCCAGGUCCACCAGGCCCACCAGGACCACCAGGACCAACUAGACCCGGACCUCCAGGACCCCCAGGACCACCUGGACCAUCAAGACCAGGACCUCCAGGCCCACCUGGACCACCGGGACCAACAAGACCAGGACCACCAGGACCACCGGGGCCUUCAAGACCAGGGCCAAAUAGACCAGGACCCCCUGGACCACCUGGACCAGCACCAAGACCCCCAACCCGACCAACACCAGGAGUUACAGUCAAAGAUAACGAACGAGAAUACUUGCCACCACAACCACCAACAUCAACGCCAGGACCUCUCUACCUUCCACCCGGCAAAUGAGGGAAAAACUUAAUUUUAAUCAGCUUCAAGCUCUCACGCGUGUUCUCAUAUCUCUUGAAAAUUAUUAAUUUUAUUAUAUUAUUUUUCGUUUUUGAUUUCAAAAGUGAAUUUUCGACGACAAACAAGAGCAAUCAAAAGGAAAUUGAACGAAAUGAAUGUACAAUUUUUUUUCAUUCUAUUUUUUUAUUUGUAUAUUAAAGAAGAAGAAAAAAAACAUCGGAAUAUUAUAAAAAAAAUAUUAUAGUUUAUGUCAUUGAUCGAUAAGUUAAAAAUAAUAAAGAAAAAUAUUUAAA